AUGGCCCUGCGGCACGGCCUGGCUGCCCUCCCUCUGCCCUGCAGCCAGGGGCCAUCUCAGCAGCCCGGCGCCGGCUGCACGCCCAGCCCCGGGACACGGCUGCUGUCAGCCCCCUCCAUGCUCACGCCGGCCUCGCACAGGGGCGACAGCAAACGCUCUGCCUCCGGCUCUGCUGCCGGCUCUCGCCGCCGGCGGCAGCCGCGGUGCCUGCCGGGAGUCGUAGUCCCAGCGUGCCCCGCGCGGAGCCCGCGCCGCCGCCCCGCUCGCGCUGCUGGGGUCUCUCAGCGCGGGGGCGGCGCCGUCGGCUGCUCCCGGGGGUCCCGGCGGAGGCGGCUCCGGCCGUGUGGGGCGAGGAGGAGGCGGCCGAGCUCCCCACGGCUGAGCGCCGGGCGGCGAGCGAGCGCAGGAUGGGGGGCGCGUGGCCGGCGCACACGGGAAGGUGACAAAAGGAGUUGUGUUGGUGAUUUGUUGGGGGCCCUGUGGGCAGUGGUGGAAGCGGCCAGCGCCGGCGCCUCGGUUCUCUGCCUGUGUGAGAAGGGAGAUGCCAAGGUCACGGAAGAGACAGGCAAGAUGUCCAAGAAGGAAAAAGAAAUUAAAACAGGCUUCACUCCUCUGCUGUGUCUGCCUUUUCCUCACUGCCCUCUUUUCCACCUGGUUCUGUGUUCUUCCAUCCCCUCUCCAGGGCCAGUGGGCACCAGCGUGCUCAUCGGGAUACCUCUGUCAAUUCGGUUUCUUCACGGGUGCCGCUGGGACGAGGGGCAGAAGGUGCUCAAGGGAGUCGAUGCUGUGCCUGUGUGGGUGGGAGAGGGAGGGGCUGCAGAGUUGAGGCUGGUGAAUGGCGGCAGCCGCUGCGCUGGGAGAGUGGAGGUGGAACACGAGGGACAGUGGGGAACUGUCUGUAGUGUCAACUGGGACUUGAAAGAUGCUGCAGUGGUUUGCAAGCAGCUGGGAUGGUUCAGGCUGGUGAACGGCAGCACGGCGUGCGAGGGGAGGGUGGAGCUGCACGUGCAGGGGACCUGGGGCAGCCUCUGUGCCUCCCGCUGGCACCUCUCUGACGCCCACGUCCUCUGUGGCCGCCUGGGCUGUGGCUUUGCCGUGUCCCUUCCCAGAGGAGGGAGUUUUGGGAGAGGAACGGGCCCCGUCUGGAGAGACUCGUUCCACUGCAGUGGGACUGAAUCCCACCUGGGACAGUGCCCAGUGACCGUGCUGGGGGCCUCCCCGUGCUCCCAUGAGGAUGCUGCUGCUGUCGUCUGCUCAGGCCCCGCUGGCUCCGGGUCCCUGUGGCUGGUGGGGGGAGGGAGCCGUUGCGCCGGGCAAGUGGAGAUCUUCCAGCGCGGGACGUGGGGCAGAGUCCUGUCUGAGCAGUGGGACGUGGCGGAGGCCCGUGUGGCGUGUCGGCAGCUGCGGUGCGGAGAGGCAGAGACAGCCUACAACCCGCCCAAGGCCGAGCGAGGGCCGGGCCCCGUGGGGCUGCGAGGGGGUGGGUGGGCAGCCGGCCCCCGCCGCCAUCUGGGCUCCGUCCCCGCCGCAGGGAGCCGGCGCGUGCGGCUGGCGAACGGGCCCGGGCGCUGCGCCGGGAGAGUGGAGAUCUACUCCCAGGGCAGCUGGGGCAGCGUCUGCGACGACAGCUGGGACCUGCCCGAUGCCGCCGUCGUGUGCCGGCAGCUGGGCUGCGGAGGGGCCGUGCGGGCGCCGGGCUCUGCCGCCUUUGGGGAGGGCUCCGGGCACAUCUGGCUGGACGGCGUCAACUGCUCCGGGGCCGAAGCCGCUCUCUGGGACUGCCUGGCCGGGCCCUGGGGGCGGCACGACUGCGGGCACAAAGAGGACGCCGGAGCCGUCUGCUCGGAGUUCACGGCCCUGAGGCUGGAGAACAGCGACGGCUGCUCCGGCCGCCUGCAGGUUUUCUACAACGGGACGUGGGGCAGCGUUUGCUCCAACUCCAUGACCCCCAAAACGGUGUCACUGGCGUGCGAGGAGCUGGGCUGUGGGAAGGAAGGGACCCUGGAGAUACAUGGCCACGGGGCAGUGUCUGGCCCCGCCUGGCUGGACCGUGUGGAGUGUGAGGAGAGACACGGCUCCUUCUGGCUGUGUCCCUCCGAUCCCUGGAACCCGCGGUCGUGCGACGAGCUGCGAGAUGUGACCCACAUCACCUGCCGUGGGGCUGCAGAGUUGAGGCUGGUGGAUGGCGGCAGCCGCUGCGCUGGGAGAGUGGAGGUGGAACACAAGGGACAGUGGGGAACUGUCUGUAGUGUCAACUGGGACUUGAAAGAUGCUGCAGUGGUUUGCAAGCAGCUGGGAUGUGGGUCUGCUGUUCGAGCUUUUGGGAAUGCACAUUUUGGGCCAGGAUCUGGCCCCAUUUGGUUGGAUUAUGUUUUGUGUCGUGGCUCCGAGUCUGCCCUAUUAAACUGUACACACAGCGGAUGGGGUGAGAACAACUGUGGUCACAGCUGGGAUGCUGGAGUGAGCUGUUCAGGGUUUGUCCGGCUGGUCGGAGGGGACAACGACUGCUCAGGACACGUGGAGAUCCAUGAUGGGGAGAAGUGGAAAAGUGUCUGUGCCUCAGCCUUUGGUGCCAGAGCUGCUGCUGUGGUCUGCAGGGAGCUGCAGUGUGGGGCAGCCCUGAACAUCCAAGGGGCAGCUCGUGACGGAGCCAGCACCGGGUUCAGGCUGGUGAACGGCAGCACGGCGUGCGAGGGGAGGGUGGAGCUGCACGUGCAGGGGACCUGGGGCAGCCUCUGUGCCUCCCGCUGGCACCUCUCCGACACCCACGUCCUCUGUGGCCGCCUGGGCUGUGGCUUUGCCGUGUCCCUUCCCAGAGGAGGGAGUUUUGGGAGAGGAACGGGCCCCGUCUGGAGAGACUCGUCCCGCUGCAGUGGGACUGAAGCCCACCUGGGACAGUGCCCAGUGACCAUGCUGGGGGCCUCCCCGUGCUCCCAUGAGGAUGCUGCUGCUGUCGUCUGCUCAGGCCCCGCUGGCUCCGGGUCCCUGCGGCUGGUGGGGGGAGGGAGCCGGUGCGCCGGGCGAGUGGAGAUCUUCCAGCACGGGACGUGGGGCAGAGUCCUGUCUGAGCAGUGGGACGUGGCAGAGGCCCAUGUGGCGUGUCGGCAGCUGCGGUGCGGAGAGGCAGAGACGGCCUACAACCCGCCCAAGGCCGAGCGAGGGACGGGCCCCGUGGGGCUGCGAGGGGGUGGGUGGGCAGUCGGCCCCCGCCGCCAUCUGUGCUCCGUCCCCGCCGCAGGGAGCCGGCGCGUGCGGCUGACGAACGGGCCCGGGCGCUGCGCCGGGAGAGUGGAGAUCUACUCCCAGGGCAGCUGGGGCAGCGUCUGCGACGACGGCUGGGACCUGCCCGAUGCCGCCGUCGUGUGCCGGCAGCUGGGCUGCGGAGGGGCCGUGCGGGCGCCGGGCUCUGCCGCCUUUGGGGAGGGCUCCGGGCACAUCUGGCUGGACGGCGUCAACUGCUCCGGGGCCGAAGCCGCUCUCUGGGACUGCCCGGCCGGGCCCUGGGGGCGGCACGACUGCGGGCACAAAGAGGACGCCGGAGCCGUCUGCUCAGAGUUCACGGCUCUGAGGCUGGAGAACAGCGACGGCUGCUCCGGCCGCCUGCAGGUUUUCUACAACGGGACUUGGGGCAGCGUUUGCUCCAACUCCAUGACCCCCAAAACGGUGUCACUGGCGUGCGAGGAGCUGGGCUGCGGGAAGGAAGGGACUCUGGAUACACAAGGGCCACGGGGCAGACUGUCUGGCCCCGCCUGGCUGGACCGUGUGGAGUGUGAGGAGAGACACGGCUCCUUCUGGCUGUGUCCCUCCGAUCCCUGGAACCCGCGGUCGUGCGACGAGCUGCGAGAUGUGACCCACAUCACCUGCCGUGGUAAUUCUGAGCUGCACGGGCACCAGGAUCCACCCAGCAAUUCCUCCCUGCUGGCUGGGAUCAGCACUGGGAGGAUCCGCGCCGUGGGAGGAGAGGACGGCUGCUCGGGCCGGGUGGAGCUGUGGCACCGCGGCUCCUGGGGGACGGUGUGCAACGACGCGUGGGACGUGCAGGAUGCCGAGGUGGCCUGCAGGCAGCUGGGCUGUGGGCCCGCCAUGGCCGCCCUGCCUGAGGCUGCCUUUGGGGAGGGCACGGGCCCCAUCUGGCUGGAGCAGGUGGAGUGUCAGGGCACAGAGGCGGCUCUGCAGCACUGCUGGGCCUGGCCCGGGGACCGCGGGCUCUGCCGGCACAAGGAGGACGCGGCUGUGCGCUGCGCGGAUCCCACUCGGGGCCGCCCGACCAGCAGCAGAAGCGUCUCGUUGCCCGUCAUCAUGUGCAUGAUCCUGGGAGCCCUUGUCUCCCUGCUGCUGGCCCUCCUGGCCUGGAGAGUGCUCAGCGCCAGGGCUGAGCGCAGAGGCUCCCAGACAGCCCUGGAGCCCUUCCCUGAGGCCGUGUACCAGGAGAUCGGUUAUAGCCCUGUGUGGGAGGAGCAGGCGAGAUUCAGCCCAUCAGGCUCCUAUUUGGAGGGGUCCCUGACCAAACUGCAGCUCCAUCACAUGGACAGCGAGGAGGAAGAUGGUCUGGGGUCAGCACGAGACUCGGGAUGGACAGUGGUGCCCCUGAGUGCCACCAUCAGAGUUGGGGAGCAGAUGGGGAUCUCCUGUGCCGCUGUAGCCACCAGUGUCUGA